GUCGCUGAGCCUGCCCAAAAAUGUUCUCCCGUGUUGUAGGAUUCCGAAGGAGCGCAGGACUUUGCGGUGAAAUAAUACAUGUUUAUCUGUGAGGGAAACACCAACAAACCGCAUGAUUUUCAACUGAAGUUACUCGCGGUGCCAGCCUUUGGUGAAACUGCUAUUUUGGACGACUCCGACGGGAAGUUUGAGUGAUCGUUUUUCCCGGAGUGAUGUCGAAUCCUGGGAGUCGGAGGAACGGGUCCAGCAUCAAAAUCCGACUGACAGUAUUAUGUGCCAAGAACCUCGCAAAGAAAGACUUCUUUCGUCUGCCAGAUCCAUUUGCCAAGGUUGUGGUGGACGGAUCGGGUCAAUGCCACUCUACAGACACAGUCAAAAGCACACUGGACCCCAAAUGGAAUCAGCACUAUGACCUCUAUAUUGGAAAGACAGACUCCAUCACCAUUAGUAUAUGGAACCACAAGAAGAUCCAUAAACGACAAGGCGCAGGUUUUCUGGGCUGUAUACGACUGCUUUCCAAUGCCAUCAGCAGGCUAAAAGACACAGGAUACCAGCGCCUAGAUCUAUGUAAGCUGAACCCAUCCGACAGUGAUGCAGUGCGGGGGCAGAUCGUAGUCAGCCUACAGACGCGAGAUCGCAUCGGCAGCGGAGGCCCUGUAGUGGACUGCAGAGGACUGUUGGAAAAUGAUGGGCCCGUGUUUGAGGGAUGUUUCAGCGAGGAGCCGCUGCCUUACUCGGACUCCACGGGGGCCGCGGGUGGCGGGAGCUGUCGGCUCGAUUCGCCCAAUCAGGAGAGCCGCCUUCAGACACAGCGAAUCAGAGGGCAGGACUCAAGAGGUCAUGGCCACACCCCUCAGAACAGACCGCAUGGGCACCAACCGCCUGACCUGCCAGAGGGAUACGAGCAACGAACAACAGUGCAGGGCCAAGUUUACUUCCUCCACACACAGACAGGUGUCAGCACCUGGCACGACCCUCGGAUACCCCGAGAUCUGGCCAGCGUGAGCUGCGAGGAACUUGGUCCGCUGCCAGUUGGCUGGGAGGUCCGAAGCACUGUGUCCGGUCGGAUCUACUUUGUGGACCACAACAAUCGAACCACUCAGUUCACCGACCCACGCCUGCACACUAUUAUCAGCCAGCAAUCCCAAGCUAAAGAAUCCUCCCAGGCCCCUCAGAUGGAUGUGGGGGGCGAGGAGGGAGGAGGCGGCGGCGUGAGCGGCGGCGGCGGAGGAGACGGAGACGUGGCAGCGCGUUACGAACGGGACUUGGUACAUAAAUUAAAGCUGCUCCGCCACGAGCUGUCGCUACAGCAGCCGCAGGCGGGACACUGCCGCAUAGAGGUGUCUCGAGAAGAGAUCUUUGAGGAGUCGUAUCGGCAGAUCAUGAAGAUGAGACCCAAAGAUUUGAAAAAGCGGCUAAUGGUGAAGUUCAGGGGAGAAGAGGGCCUGGAUUACGGAGGAGUGGCCAGGGAGUGGCUUUACCUGUUGUGCCACGAGAUGCUGAACCCGUACUACGGCCUCUUCCAGUACUCCACGGACAAUAUCUACACUCUCCAGAUCAACCCCGACUCCUCCAUCAAUCCCGACCACCUUUCUUACUUCCACUUCGUGGGUCGUGUGAUGGGCCUGGCGGUGUUCCACGGCCAUUACAUCAACGGGAGCUUCACGCUGCCGUUCUACAAGCAGCUGCUCGGCAAACCCAUCCAGCUCAACGACCUGGAGACCACCGAUCCCGAGUUACACAAGAGCCUCGUCUGGAUACUAGAGAACGACAUCACUUCAGUCCUCGACCACACGUUCUGCGUGGAGCACAACGCCUUUGGGAAGUUCCUACAACACGAACUGAAGCCCAACGGCCGCAAUAUCCCCGUCACCGAGGAGAAUAAGAAGGAGUAUGUCAGGCUUUACGUGAACUGGAGAUUCAUGCGAGGAAUCGAAGCCCAGUUUCUGGCUCUGCAGAAGGGAUUCAGCGAGCUCAUCCCGCAGCACCUCCUCAAACCUUUCGACCACAAAGAGCUUGAGCUGAUCAUUGGCGGACUGGGAAAGAUCGACCUGGCCGACUGGAAGACCAACACCCGCCUGAAACACUGCACGAGCGAGAGCAACGUGGUGCGGUGGUUCUGGCAGGCGGUGGAGGCCUUCAGCGAGGAGAGGAGAGGACGCCUCCUGCAGUUCGUCACCGGCUCCACCAGAGUGCCCCUGCAGGGGUUCAAGGCGCUGCAGGGCUCUACAGGUUCUGCAGGACCAAGGCUCUUCACCAUCCACUUGAUAGACGCCAACACAGACAACCUGCCCAAGGCUCACACGUGUUUUAACAGGAUAGACAUCCCACCUUAUGAGUCUUACGAGAAACUUUAUGAGAAACUGCUGACGGCUGUGGAGGAGACCUGCGGCUUUGCUGUGGAGUGAUGAAUCCACAAGCGGAUCACACAACCUUUUUUUUUUUUUUUUUUUUUUUUUUUUUUUGGACAUUCUACACGUAUGCACACACACAAAACAGCACACACACACACACACACACACACACAAACGAAAUAUAACGUAUACAACCAGUAUACAGAGCAGCCAAGCAUCACAAGAACACAAAUCCACUCUCUUGCCACCUCUUCGCCACCGAACUUUUGGGGGUUAAAGGAGGAAGCACAGCAGGAGGCCUGGGGAGGCGGAUAGAAGAAUAAUAAAAAAGAAAAAAAAAAGUAUUUUAAAAUUUUUCAAAAGUUUUGAAGAAGCAUUUUUAACCUUCAGUUUUAACAAGCUAUGAUGUCAUUCUUCAGAAUGUCUAACCGCCGAUCGGACCCGAGUCGCGCUCGAGUCUCCGGACAGACUCAGCUAAUCGGACGCGAGCCCGCCGCGAACAGAGGCGCCGAGAUCAGAUCCGCGAAGAACAAGCAGUCGAUCGGUUGUCUUUUCCGUCUGAGGAGCUGAUUGAGUGACUAGUAUUCAUGCUUCAUGUUUAACCACUGUCGUGUGCCAGGGCGUGUGCAUGUCUGCGUGCGUGCGUGAGAGAGUGCAUGUGGGACAGUGUGAAUUUAUAUGUGCGUGUUUUUUUUGUGUGUGUCAGGCAUGGCACUCGGUUACGCUGUAAAGAAGAAGAAGAAAAAAAAAAUCAAAUGAGCCUGCUCCUCUUGUUUGCUAACUUUUCGUCUCUUCCGUUUGUAUCUGCGACCACUCUGAUCCACUCUGAUGUUUUAUUAUUUAUUACUAAGUGAUUACUGACCAAGCUGCUAUAUCCGCUCUACGAAGAGCCCACACUAAUCUCUUCACCACCCCCUCUACCAGAGUCGAAGGGUCAAUUCUCAUGCAAUUCAAGUAAUCCACAAAGUGGGUUCUAUUGAAUUUUAUUAAUUUUGUUACAUUUUUUUAACAUUCAUAUGACUGCGGGGGGGUGGGGGGUAGGGGGUUUGCUGUCACCAGUUUUUUGAGAACUGUCGGUGUUUUAAAUGCCACGUUACACUCACUGAAGUGAAAGGGAAAUGACUUUUUCCCCAAAUUAAUUUUAAAAGUAACUCUUACUGACGUUGCGGAGAGGUCAGAGGGCACGGCUGAAAUGUUUUUUCCAGAGCGAACCAUGGAGGCGAGAAGAAGGCGUCGGCUUCAGGAAUUCCUCGGUUGUCCGUGACAUGUGCAAUGAAAUCUCUUCAGCCUUUCAUACAUGUUUCAUCAACCGUUUCGCCACCUUUUAUUAAUUCUUUGUGGCCCUGAUGUUUCUCUUGCCAACCUUUGUUUUUAUUUCUUCCAUGGCCUGAAUGUUAGAGGAAAAAAAAACUAGUUGUCAUCCUGCAAGACCACCAUGAAUGAGCCUCUUUAUGGUCGUUAAUGCUUCGUAGAAGUGAAUGAAAUCAAACUCUUUAAAUAUUUGAGCGAGCAACGUGGAGGAAAAAAAAAUCUAAAGCAAAGUUGGGAUCUGUUGUAGAUUGAAGACUGUUACGCAGUAUCAUUUCAAUCUGCAUUUUCUAGGAGUUCACUGUGUAAUGGAUGCAAAUGUAUUGUAACUUACUAUGUACUUAACAUUUAUGAAAAUACAAUGUAAAUAAGAUUAUAUUAAAAGAAAUUACGUUGAAAAUA